GAGGACCGCUUAGAUUCCCUUCCAUUACCAGUUCAGCGCAUGCACUUAAUUCAGGUGGACUCCGUUCAGCGAUGGAUGGAAGAUUUGAAGUUGAUGACAGACUGCGAAUGUAUGUGUAUUCUCCAGUCCAAGCCCAUCAGCACUGAGAAGAAUGAACAAAAUGAACUUAUGCUUUCCUCACAAUAUAGUACAUGUGAUAACUUGCAGCUGUUAUUAAAAAGAGCUUGGAUCAUAAGCACAGAGCUGACCAGGAUUUCUCAAAAGCUGGAGAAAAAUAGGUGGCAAAGAGUCCAUAGCAUGACAGUGAGAGUCAACUGCCAUGUGCGUUCAAUGAUAAAUGAAUACAAUACGUUCACCAGGAAUUCUUCAGAAGAAAUGCACCAGUUUGAAAAACUUUUAUUAGACAAGUGCUCAGAAUUUACAGCAUUCACAGAAAGGUGCAUACAAACUGAAGAUGAACAGAUACUGAAGUCCAUCAAGUCUUGUGUUAAUGAAACGCUCACUGCUGUUGCUCAGUGUUUUGGCCAGUUGAUAGAACUGGUUUUAACACAUGAGGCACAGAACCUGCUGAGACAAAUAGAAUUGUCAGAUAGUAUGUGCAUCACCGAGUCGGCGAUUAGUAGUUUAUUCAGCCUUACUCAAGAAGGUGCUCAUCUGUGCCGUAUCAUAGCUAAGGUUGAUGGAAUACUGUGCCUGGCUGACAUUCUUACUGAUAAUAGCCAUUCUGAAGCUACUCAUGCCGAAGCAGCAGCAGUAAUUGCACAGAUCACAUCUCCUCAUCUCACAUUCACACAGCAUCUCAGCAGCUUUCUGGAAAAUAUGGAAGAAAUUGUAACAGCACUUGUCAAAUUGUGCCAAGAAGCCUCAUCUGGUGAAGUUUUCCUGCUGGCUUCAGCAGCUCUUGCCAAUAUUACUUUCUUUGAUACCAUGGCUUGUGAAAUACUGCUCCAGUUAAAUGCAAUGAAGAUUCUUCUUGCAGCAUGUUCAGACAAACACAUAGUGGAUACUCCAUAUUCCCGAGAUCAGGUGGUAACAAUCUUGGCAAACAUGUCUGUCUUGGACCAGUGUGCUUCAGAAAUCAUUCAAGGAAAUGGUGUUCAACUUUUAAUGGAAAUGCUGUUUGAAAGGUCAUCUUCAGGAAAUUCAGCAGAAGCUGCUGCUUGUGAGCGAGUCCAACAGAAAUCUGCAGUUACGCUGGCACGACUCAGCCGAGAUCCUGAAGUGGCAGAUGCAGCCGUAAAACUCAGCUGUAUUCCUCGCCUAAUUAAACUUUGCAGAUCACCAACCGAAAGAAACAACAGUGAUUCUGUUUUAGUGGCAUGUCUGGCAGCCUUACGGAGACUAGCAGUUAUGAGUCCUGAUGGACUUGAAGAUUCAGAUUUUCAGCAGCUAGUGAAGCCCAGACUUGUGGAUUCCUUUCUGCUAUGCACAAAUAUGGAAGAGAGCUUUGUAUAAGUGUGAGC